AAGUGAAAAAAGAAAAAAAGUGCCACCAAAGUCAGUUUUCUCAAUUCUGCUAAAACUUUACUCACUCUCACAGUCACUCACUCAGUCAUGCCUACAAUUCUCUUCCUCUCUUCCACUCCCCAUUUCCCCUCCCAAUAUUCUCACCUCACCAUCUCAUCCUCCUUAAACCCAAAACCUCCCAAAACCCAUAACCCCACUCACUCCUCCAAAUCCAAUACCCCAACCCCAACCACCACAAACCCAGAAUUCUCUGUUUCCUCAAACCCACUUUCACAAUCCAAUGCCACCGUUAAAGCUCCCACACCUCCAUGGAUGAAGGGUCCCCUUCUUCUUCAACCCCAUGAAGUUCUCGACCUCUCCAAACUCCACACCAAGAAGAGCUCUAACAAUGAAAGAGUGGAAAAGUCUGAUAAGGCCCUGACUGAGAAAGUUGGUGUCAGAGGCAAGAGAGCGGUGGGAAAGAUCGUAAGGCAAAUUGAAAAGCUUCAAAAAAACGAUCUUUCUGAAGAAACCCAGAUGGGUUCUGGUGAGUUUGGGCUUGAAGUGUGUUUGGAAGGGCUUGGAGAAGAUGUUAGUAGUGGUGAGACAGUUAUAGAGAAAAUGCCAUGGGAGAAGGAUGUGGAAAAGUUAGUUUUUCGGAGGAUGAAGAAGGAAAAGGUGGUAACUGCUGCGGAAUUGAGGCUUGACAAGGCCUUGCUUGAGAGGUUGAGAGGUGAGGCCGCUAAGAUGAGGAAAUGGGUGAAGGUGAAGAAAGCUGGUGUCACUCAAGGUGUGGUUGAUGAGGUUAGACUGCUUUGGAGGAGGAAUGAGCUUGUUAUGCUGAAAUUCGAUGUCCCUUUGUGCAGGAAUAUGGAUAGAGCUCAAGAAAUCGUUGAGACCAAGACUGGAGGUUUGGUUGUUUGGAGUAAGAAAGAUAAUCUUGUUGUAUACCGAGGAUGCAAUUAUCAGUUAACUCCGAAGAAAUUUCUAAACACUCGUGCAUGGCUUGCUGGCAGUCAAGAAAUGCCUCUCUACAAAAUGGGUCAGCCACAGUUGGAAAGAAACUCUGAUACUUUUCAAGUUAACUCCGAUGAAAGUGCUGUAGUUGAAAAGAUUUGCAGAAAGGACAGUAAGAGAGAGACUUUGCAUAGUAGCAUCUUUUUAAAUGAAGAUUUGAAUUGCCAAGCAGUAUGCGGAUCACUUUAUGAGAGGGAAAUGGACAGGUUAUUGGAUGGCUUGGGACCUCGCUUCAUUGACUGGUGGAUGCGCAAACCUUUGCCAAUAGAUGCGGACUUACUUCCUGAAGUGGUUCCUGGAUUUAGGCCACCAUUUAGGCUUUGUCCACCGCAUACUAGAGCAAAGUUGACAGAUGAGGAUUUGACAUCCUUGAGGAAGCUUGCUCGCGCUUUACCCACUCACUUUGUCCUUGGGAGAAAUAGAAAACUUCAAGGCUUGGCUGUGGCUAUCUUAAAACUUUGGGAAAAAAGUCUUAUAGUGAAGAUUGCUAUGAAGUGGGGAGUCCCAAAUACAAACAAUGAGGAAAUGGCGUUCGAACUCAAGAUUCUUACAGGUGGGGUUCUUUUGUUGCGUAAUAAGUUUCUGAUAAUACUUUAUAGAGGAAAGGACUUCCUUCCUGGAAGAGUAGCAAAUUUAGUAUCGGAGAGAGAAACUAAGCUCAAAGGAUUCCAACUUCAUGAAGAAGGUGCACGUCUUAAAGCGAUUGAAACUAUUUGUUUAGAUAAUGGCCCAACAGAAAACACUAGUAUGUCUGGAACUUUAUCAGAAUUCCAGGAUAUCCAAACAGAGUUCAGGGACCUGAAAAAUGGAAAUUCAGAUGUUGAAAUUAAAUGUGAAGCUGAAAAACAAAGAUUAGAGAGUGAGCUAAGAAAGCAAGAGCACAAGCUUUUUAUUCUUAACAUAAAGAUUGAUAAGUCAAUGAAAGAGUUAUCAAAGUUGAAUGCUGCAUGGGCACCAGCAGAGCAGGAUGCAGACCAGGAAAUGAUGACAGAAGAAGAGAGACUGUGUUUCCAGAAGAUAGGACUGAAGAUGGAUAGUUGUUUAGUUCUUGGUAGGCGUGGGGUCUUUGAUGGUGUUAUAGAAGGCCUGCAUCAACACUGGAAAUACAGAGAAGUAGUCAAGGUGAUUACAAUGCAGAGAUUGUUUCAUCAGGUCAUUUACACUGCUAAACUGCUUGAAGCAGAAAGUGGUGGAAUUCUUGUUUCAGUGGACAAGCGAAAAGAAGGUCAUGCUAUAAUUAUUUACCGUGGGAAAAACUACCGACGGCCUCUAAAACCAGAGCACAAGAAUCUUCUGACUAAGAGAAAAGCAUUACAUAGAUCCAUUGAGAUGCAGAGACUUGGAUCGCUGAAGUAUUUUGCUUACGAGAGACAGCGGGCAAUCACAGAUUUGAAACUCAAAUUGGCAGAGCUGCAGGAUAGCAGGUUGGUCGAUCAAGGAGAAUGUUAAGUUUUACAAAACCUUAGGUAAUGGAUUUAUCAUGCCAUGAUUCCUCUUAAAACGUUCAUCUUGUUUGGGAGAUGAAGGAUGUGGACGUGCCAUUGGAGGGGAAUUCCCCAUCUGCUACUCACCAAAUUACUUUGCAGAUUUGCAUCAUUGUACAAGGAGCACUUCUUCCUUAGUUUAAGAACGAUUUGGGUACCAUGGGCCUGAAUUUGUGACAAGAUUUCUCUGAAAAUUGAUGUGAAGGACUGUCAAGGUGUAAGCUAAAUUCAGAAGGUCUCUUUUCUGGAAUGGUUAGAUCCACAAUAUCAAUCAUCAUGCCACUUCAGUAGCCGAGGAUUGUCAAAAACUUUAAACAAUCUGCUACUCAUUAUACAAAAGUAUAAAAAUAGCCUGAUUGAAAGGUUUGGGUGAUUGUUGUGAGCUUCAAAAGAUUUGGCAAACUUCCUAGGCACCAGAAGCAAUCAUGGACUGUAUAUUAUUUUCCUCUUAAAAGAAUGCAUGUGUUGGAGUUUCUGGAAGUUUUCAGUAGUAUUACUUUGUGCUACUUGAAUUUUAUUUGUUCAAAAAUGUGUCUUAUGGUGCUCUGAGAUCAGCGUAGAUGUAUUAAAUAUGCAUUCAGAGGUGAGGUGCUGAGGUCUAGUUUAAAGCAUGCUGCAGCAUUUCAUAUUUUACAUAAAUUUACCAUAUGCUGAAUUGUGGGACUGUUAUGUUGGGAUAGAAAUGCCAAUGAGCUCUAGCUCAAUUGGCAUCUCCUAUCCUUGUAAGUUUUAAGUGGAGGGUAAGGUCAUGGGUUUAAGACUCAUGAGGUACGUGCAUAACUUACCAAUAAUAAAUGAGUUAUACUGGGGUACAGAGUUAAAAAAAAAAAAGAAAAGGCUGUACCCAGUGCACAAAGCUCCUGCUUUUGCAGGGUUUGAGAGAGGUCAUAGUAGGCAGCCUUACCCCAAUUUAUUGGACAGGAUGAUUCUUGGAGCACUGACUCAAAAAUUUAAAAAAGUGGAGCUACAGUUAAUCAUGUUGGUGGAAAGUGUAACAUUUGGUUGUAGGUGUAAACCAUGACAUCCAUAAGACUAGUCUCUGCUGGUGUGAAGGUGACUGUAAGAGAAACAAAUGGGUGUACAUCUGGCAAUCAAAUAAGUCAUUCAAUGUUCUCCAUCCAUCAUGUCAAUUCAAAUUUUAAUCUAAAAUUACACUAAAUGUAAAACUUCCUAACAGAAUUUCAGUGUGAUAGUAGAGUCUCAACACUGUUUUUGGAAGGAUUUGGAGAGGUUGUUGUGGAAUGGCCUUAUGGAGUUCCCAAAGGGGAAGAAGGAAAAGGCUUUGGUGGAACUUGGAUAACUUGAUGACUCCCUUCUAACAUAUCAACUACCUUAUCCAUGGAAGGCCGGUCAGCUGGAUUAGAUUGUAUGCACCACAAACCCACUAGAAUCAUCUUUCUUGCAAGUUCUUCCACUGCUUUAUUUUUUU